GGGCGGCUCCGGGCGGCCUUGGCGGGCGAUGUGGCGGCGGCGGGCGCGGGCCGGGGGUCGCGGGGGGCCGGCGGCUCUCCCGCCGCUGCUCCUGCCGCUCCUCCUGCUGCUCCGGCUGCCCGCGGCGCGGCCCGGCCGCCUCUACUCGCCCUCGGACCCGCUGGAGCUGCUGGGGCCGGGGGCGGAGGGGCGGCUGCUGGGCUCCUCCAGCGCCUGGGCUGUCGAGUUCUUCGGCACCAAACACCAGAACGGACCAUGGCUCUGGGUGUUUGGGCUUGGGGAGCAUUGGUUGGUGUCCUGCGAGGGACGACCAACAAUUUUUGGGACAGGAGGAUCUGUGCCAUCGCCACAGCGGGAGAUCGCUGCUGUCUCCACAGCAAUUGUUGGGAGCAGGGCAAUUUUUGGGGCCACAGAGGGGCUGACCUCAUCCUCUGUCCCCCCAGAGUGGAGGCCUGCGGUGAUCCUGGCGGCCAUCGACUGUGCCGACGAGGACAACCAGCAAGUGUGCUCCGAUUUUGGGAUAACCGGCUUCCCCACGAUGAAGUUCUUCAGAGCUUUUAGCAAGAAGGCAGAGGACGGGAUAAGGAUUACCAAUCCCAGUGCCACGGUCGAGGACCUGCGCCAUGCCAUCAUCACCAACCUUGAGCAGAGCCAGGACUCCUGGCCACCUGCCUGUCCUCCGCUGGAGCCGGCCAGCGCGGAGGAGGUUCGCACCUUCUUCCAGAGGAACAAGGACCAGUACUUGGCGCUGAUCUUCGAGAAGAGCAACUCCUUCGUGGGCAGAGAGGUGGCCCUGGACAUGCUGCAGUACGAGAAUGUGGCAGUGAGGAGGGUGCUGAGCAGCGAGGAGGAGCUCGUGGAGAAGUUCGGGGUCACCACCUUCCCCUCUGGAUACCUGCUCCUCCGCAACGGCUCGUUCUCCCGCCUGCCUGUGCACAUCGAGGCACGUUCCUUCUACACCUACUACCUGCGCACGCUCUCGGGCAUCACCCGUGGCUCCUACAAGCUGAACACAACCACCAGCGCCUCCAACGAGACCGACGUGGCCCCGCUGAUCCGCGCCGACCGCUCCAAGCUGUACAUGGCCGACCUGGAGUCCGCGCUGCACUACUCGCUGCGGGUGGAGGCUGCGAGAGCCUCGGCGCUGUCGGGAGCACAGCUGGCCGCCCUCAAGUGCUACGUGGCCGCGCUGGUGAAGUACUUCCCUGGGCGCCCCUGCGUGCAGACUUACCUGCAGACCCUGGAUGGCUGGCUGAGGAACUGGACGGAGCCUGAGCUGCCCCGCGACGUUUUGAAGGAGGCCAUGAAGAAUAACAAAGAUGCCUCCAACCCCGCCGUGCUCCCCAGCAACGUGACCUGGGUGGGCUGCCAGGGCAGCGAACGCCACUUCCGUGGCUACCCCUGUGGGCUCUGGACCAUCUUCCACCUGCUGACCGUCCAGGCUGCCAAGAACGGCCCUGACAAAGAGCUGCCACUGGAGGUGCUGAGCACCAUGCGCUGCUACGUCCGGCACUUCUUCGGCUGCCAGGAGUGCGCCGAGCACUUUGAGGCCAUGGCGGCCAAGUCCAUGGACCGGGUGUCGAGCAGGGAGGAGGCCGUGCUCUGGCUCUGGUCCCACCACAACGAGGUCAACGCUCGCCUGGCAGGAGGUGACACGGAGGACCCCAAGUUCCCCAAGCUGCAGUGGCCUCCGCCGGACAUGUGUCCCCAGUGCCACAAGGAGGAGCGGGGGGUGCACGCCUGGGAGGAGCCAGCCGUGGUCACCUUCCUCAAGGCACACUUCUCCCCGGCCAACAUCUACAUGGACUAUGCUGAGCCCGACCCCAUCCCCGGGGCCAGGGAGGGGACCGGUGCCAGGCUGGGCAACGAGGGCCCUCGAGUGGAGAGGGGGAGAGAAGAGGCAGAGGAGGACAAGGAGACGGAGGGCGAGGCGAGGGUGGCGGGGCGGCCGGCCCUCGCGGAGCCACGGCGCCCCAGCAUCGUGCGGCUGAACCCCAAGCUGCGGGAGGCGGGCGAGGACAUCGUGGACCUGGACUCCUUCAGCGAGCAGCACUUCAAGAGCCAGGCCCUGCGGGCCGCGUCCGGCCGGCGCCGCAGGAUCAGCAAGCGGGACACCGUCGCCCUGGCCCGGGACGCCGCCGAGGGCAGGGAGCGCCGGCGGGCACCCGGCAUCCUGCUCCGGGAGGAGGAGGAUGCCGGGGAGGGCCUGCGGAGGAGCCCCUGGCUGCGGGUGCUCGGAUUGGGCUUCUCCCGCCUGGACAUCAGCCUUUGUGUCGCCCUCUACUUCCUCUCCUCCAUGUGCCUCCUGGCCAUGUACACCUUCUUCCGCCUCCGCACCCGCGCCCGGAAAGGCCGCCCUGGCUUUCCCAUGGCCUGAGAGGGGUUGGGGGAGCCGGGGGCUGUCCCUAGGGAGGGUGGACUGAGUCAGAGCACCCCUGGGCCAGCAUUUUGUCCCCCAGCGGGAAGGGGUUUGGCGCAUCUCCCUUGGGAGCUGCCCCAGUCACGGCAGUCACUUCACCCAGGGUAGGGGUCAGAGGGUGUAGGGCUGUUUUUGGGGGGAACAUGUUGAAGCAUCCCCCUCUCAGGUCAUAGUGCCAUGUUUUUGGGCAUGCAGGAGCUGGGACGCCAACAGUGGUUUACGUUUUGGCACCCGUCUGCCCUUGGAAGCUCCCGGGCACUGGGCUGGUUUCAAACUGGGAAGCCCAGUCCUGUGCUGAGGAGCAGCCCUUUGGAAUCCAACCACUAGUGGGGCCAGGAGGAUGGGGGUUUAAGCCCCCAAAAGUGGGGGCUGAUGAGCGGGGACGGCAGUCGUGGGUUCAGCUGCAUUUUUGUCUCCCCCUUCUCUGAGAUAGGGCCCAGGCCCCCCCACCUUUCCUCGCCCCCUCCCUGCGCUGUUGCUCGUUCUCUGCUUGUCUUAGUGGAAUAAAUUAUUUUUGCCGAC